GUCCUGCGUGACGGUUCCAGGGCGCAGCGAUGGAGAUCCUCUCCGCGUUUGUCUCCGCCGCUCUUGUGUGCCUGGUUAAUGCCGGAGCCCACACUGAUAUACACUGGACGUACAAAGAGGGAGCCUUGGACCAGAUGCACUGGGCAACCAAAUACCCAGCAUGUGGAGGCAAGAAGCAGUCGCCGAUUGACAUCCAGCGGCGCAACGUCAAGUUCAACCAGAACAUGCUGCAGCUGGAGCUGAGCGGGUAUGGCCCUCAGAAGGGAAACUUCCGCAUGACCAACAACGGGCACACAGUUCAAAUCGACCUGCCUUCCUCCAUGAAGAUCACCAAGGGUCUCCCGGGACAGUUCACAGCUGUCCAGAUGCACUUGCACUGGGGCGGCCUGGACCUGGAGGAGAGCGGGGCGGAGCACACCAUAGACGGCAGCCGCUACAUGGCGGAGCUCCACGUUGUUCACUAUAAUUCAGAGAAGUACAACAGCUUUUCUGAGGCCAAAGACAAGUCGGACGGCCUGGCAGUGCUCGCCUUUGUCUAUGACUACGGUCAUUUUGAGAACACCUAUUACAGCGACUUCAUAUCCAACCUGGAGAAAAUCAAGUAUGCGGGUCAGAGCAUGAACAUAUCCAGCAUCGACGUGCGCUCCAUGCUCCCCGAGAACCUCAGCCACUUCUUCAGGUACGAGGGCUCCCUCACCACGCCGCCCUGCUACGAGAGCAUCAUCUGGACCGUGUUCGACACGCCCAUCACUCUGUCACACAACCAGAUCAGGAAGCUGGAGGGCACUCUGAUGGACUUGGAUAACAAGACCCUGUGGAACGAUUACCGCAUCGCUCAGCCGCUCAACGACCGCGUUGUGGAGUCUUCCUUCCUGCCACGCCUUGGGAAAGGAACGUUUUGUCAGCAAGAUGAAAUCGAAUCUAAGCUCCUGAAGAUCGAGGGUCUGAUAACUUCUCUUGGAAAGAAUAUGUAUUCAGGAAUGGGAGAACGCUUCAGCUCAAGGCCUUCCAAAUAUGAGUACGGGGAGCUCUUUCCUCUGGUGCUCAACUUUGAAGACAGAAACUCCGUCAGCUACGCUCUGGCUCCCCUCCACCGCAUGGAUCUGGACGCCUUCACCGUCUGCACGCAUGUUCUCCUCAGGGCCCCGGGGGUCCACACCGUCAUCUCCUACUCCAGCGGCGGCCGCGACAACGAGCUGAUGGUCUCCAUCAGCGAGGACGCGAAUGCGAGGGAGGUGGGCCUCUGGAUCGGCGACGAGUUUGUCAACAUGCCGCACAGCUUCAAUACCCAGGACUGGACCAACUACUGCGUCACCUGGUCGUCCCACUCGGGCGGGGUGGACCUGUGGAUCAACGGCAAGGUGGGGGAGCAGAGGCACCUGCAGAGCAGCCACAUAAUCAACCUCGCCGGCGCGUUCGUGUUGGGCAAAGACCAGGACGGGGUUCUCGGGAUCUCCGACACGGACGCCUUCGUGGGUAAGAUGACGGACGUGAACGUGUGGGACUACGUGCUGACCACCGCGGAGAUCCGAGACCAGUACUUGUGCGAGAGGAACAGCAGCAUGGUGGGGAACGUGUUGAGCUGGGGGGCCAGCAGGUUCAAGAUGUACGGCGGCGUGCAGCUGGACAACCAGUACAGGUGCUCCUGAUGUGGCUCAACACAUUCCAAGUAAAAUAUUCCAAAUUUGACUCUCUCCGUGUGAAUUGGAGGGGAAUUAGCUGGCAUUUGGAGGUCAUUUAAACAUUAUACAUGAGUAUUAAAACUUACUCUUACCAUAAAGAGAAAUAUUUGCAAACGAUAAACAACUGGUGCUUGACUUUCGGUGAUCUCUGGGUUCGAAUGUGUGGCUUCAAUAGCCUGGAAAUCAUCUGUGGAGGAAUGCAGAGUGCAUGUGGGGGGAGGGCGGGCUUCAUUCCCCUGGCAGUAAGCAGUAUCCUAUAUAUGAGGAAUAGUAAAAAGUAUAUAUGCAUGAAAUCUGGUUGUUUUGCUCCCAAUAAUGCAAUAAAUUACUUUUACGAGCUGUACAGUUGAGGUUUAUUCCCACUUGUUUCUUUGAAUUCCAGUUAAUUCCCAUGGAAAGGUCCUAACGUAGAAAUAUGCCGCCGUACUCCUGAAAAGCCUCCUCUGUACCGCGCCGCAAAACCCCCCACAACAUGACAGCUGAUGGUGUGAGCUUUUUUUAAUGUUUAUGGUCAUGAAGGAUAAAAUGCCCGCCAGGCUCUUGCAGAUCAAUAUUUAAAAUGUGUGUCACGGCUUCAUCCAUGUAUUCAUGUCUUUGCUUCAUAA